GUCUCAAUUUUCUCUCUCUUUCUCUUUUUAUUUCUCAUUUAUUCCUCAUUUUGUUUUCAUUAUUCUUCAUCUUCUAACAAAGAAAGAGAAGAAAGAAAGAACACAAUUUCCAACUCGGACGAGUUCACAACGAGUCAACCCGUCUCUAUAUCAGUUUCGAAGAAACAUAUGGAGGGAAUUAGGGAAACUGAAGAAUGGACAGAUGAAAAACACAGCAUGUAUAUAAAGUCAAUAGAAGCAUCUUUUGUUAAUGACUUGUAUGAUUCUAAGCAAACAGCAAAUUCUACUGGCCAGUUCAAGGUUCUUCGCGGUGGUUGUUGGCAAAAGAUGAACUUCGAACGUGAGAAUCAACAGAUGAGUAGAGGUAAUUCGCGCAAUGAUUUAAUCGCGAAUCCAUGGAUUCAGCACUAUAGAUCUUCAAGCAAACAAGAAAGUGCAAUGUCUCCAUCCCCUAUAACAUCUCAACAUGUUGUUAGUUUAAGCCAUAGGAAGAAAAUUUCUUAUGAAUCUCAAAUUUAUGAUCAAAAUAUGAUUUCAAGCGAUACUGAAGUGUCCGAUCAGAAUUUUGUUGACGAAGAAGUGAAAUGCGAAAGGAAAAGCACAAGUAGCGCGAAAAGACGAAAAUCUUUUGAUUGUUGACAUGCAAAUGGCAAUGACUGAAGAUGGUUCAUAUUAGCAAAUUUUCUUUCAAUUGGAGAUGUUACUUAGAAUUGUGUUUCUGCUGCAAAGAAUAAGAGGUUUUGUCAUAAAUGUGGCAGUUCUGAAUGAAAUGUUCUUAGGCAGCAACAAGAGGAGUUGAGAAAAAUUAAACAAGCUAAUGGUUGGAGUUAACUUAUAAUUGGAAAUUGGAAACUUAAUAUUAAACUCUUUGUAUGUACAAGAGUGAACUGAUAUUUUAGUUCUUAAAUGUAUGAUGCAUUAUCAUUAUAAUA